AGCAAGAGUGUUGAUGUUACUAUGACUGCUGAAGAUUUGAGAGGUUCUAGAAGAAUUCUUUUAGACGAAAUUUCCACGAAGAAGGAAUGCAAGAUGAUUAUGGAAAUAGCUAAAUAUUUUGCGAUCCUAGGAGAUGGUUACGAAGGCAGAAUAUCCCCACACACAACGAUGGAAAAAUUUGAAGGAAUUACACUGAGCCGAGUAGCGUUUUUAACUUAUUGUAAAAUGUUACAAUCAAAGUAUUUGAAAAUAUUUUUAUACGUCACUGAACAAGCAAGAAAAUUAGUUCAACUAUACUUCAAAAUUGAAAAAGAAUUAUAUUUCUCUUUUACUCAUCUUGUCUGCAGAUCAGCUUUACCAGAUUCCCCUUAUGCCAGAACCGAUUUCAGUCACAAAGUUCAUGCAGAUAACUGCAUCAUCAUGAAAAACAUGACUUGUAUUAGGGAUUUUCCGGCUUUUACCUGGAGAGAAUAUAGUGCUAUAUUAUAUUUAAAUGACGAAUUUGAAGGAGGGGAAUUUAUUUUCACUUCAGAUCCCUUUGGUGAGAACGUUGAGAGUACAGUAUAUCCCAAGUGUGGCAGAUUGGUAGCAUUUUCGUCUGGUCCAGAAAAUCUACAUGGCGUAAAAGCUGUCAAGAAAGGUACUAGGUGUGCAAUUGGAAUGUGGUUUACUUAUGAUGAAGAAUACUCUGACAAUGAUAGAGCUUUUGGACAAUAUAUUUUGGAUAAUAAUUUGGAGCAUCAUGUAGAUAUUCCUGUAAAUAUCAACAAAUUAAAUUUGAACAUGAAUUGAAUGAAAGCAACGUACUAAAAAUUUAGAUGGUUCGUAGUGUUUGUUUUUUAUUAUUUACUAUACGUGAAAAAAACUAAACCAUCUUACUACAAUGCUGCCAUUACAUAUUCUAAUUUUCUUACUUCUCUUUAAAAUUCAAAUUGGCUACUUCAUAAAAAAGUGUCGCUUCUUAUGCUAGGCUGUUGUAUACCUUCACGGUUCUAAUUAAUAAACUGCAUAAUAACUUUUAACUUAUAUUUAAGUAUAUUUUCUAAAUUAUACAUUCGAACAAUAUGAAUUUUUAUUGGAUGAUCACGUAUGUUCAUGUAGUGUGUUGGACGGAAUUAAUUCUACACUACUACACUACUAUCGUUGUACAUGCCAAGGAAACUGUUCGCCAUGAUGAGAUAUUCUGAAAAAAAUUAUCAUAAAUUGUAAUUAUUUAUCAAAAAUACUUACAUGAGGUAUUAAAACACAAUCAAACAUUUCUAAUUGACUGCAUACAACAUUGUGUUACUCACAUAUGGAAAAAAUUGGAAUGCAGAAAAAUUAAGUUGGUUAUCCUAGAAUUUAUCAAAUAAAAACAAAAAAAAAA